GACACAGCCCAAGGAAAGAAAAAGGAGAGAAAGGAACAAAAAGAUCCAAAUAUGUACGGGAAAUGGCCUCCUUACCCUCCUUGUGUUAAUGACGAUUGUACCACUCGUCCAUGCUGUGCUGGUGAAUAUAAGUAUGCGUGGCCGGAAUUGGUUGGAAAGAAAUGGCCAGAGGCCGAAGCAACAAUUAAUGGGGACAAUCCAUACGUGACCUGUAUAGUCAUAGAUAAAGCCAUGAAGGGGUUCGGAGAUUUCUGCUGCAAUCGUGUUUACCUCUACGUUGACAUUCAAGGGCCUAAUGGCGUCGUCAAACUCAUACCUCAAGUUCCUUUGAACCCACCUCCAACAAAUCUACUUUCACAACCACCGCCCUACAGCGCCAUGUCCCCUGCUUUCGUCAAAUCUGCUUCUGGGUCUGAUGAUUCCGCCAGAUCUGCUUCUGUUGAAUAAGUCUUUAGUUAUCUGUUGUCCUAUUCUUUGGGUAUUAGUUGGCUACGUGUCUUUCAGUUUCCCAGUUAUCAGGAUUACAUGUUUUAUUGUUCUUAGUGGCUAAGUGGUUGCUAAUUUCUAGCUUAAUUCAGUUGUUGUUUUCAGCCCAUUUUGUAAGGUCGUUUUCUUUCUCUUGAAUAAUAUGAACAGAUGAAU